AUGGUGUCCUGCCUGCAGGGAGCCAUCGUGGCCGUCACGGGAGACGGGGUCAAUGACUCGCCAGCCCUGAAGAAAGCUGACAUUGGCGUCGCCAUGGGCAUCUCCGGCUCCGAUGUCUCCAAGCAGGCAGCCGACAUGAUCCUGUUGGACGACAACUUUGCGUCGAUCGUGACGGGUGUGGACACAGGGCGCCUGAUAUUCGACAACUUGAAGAAAUCCAUCGCCUACACCCUGACCAGCAACAUCCCAGAGAUCACUCCGUUCCUCCUUUUCAUCGUGGCAAACAUUCCUCUGCCAUUGGGCACUGUCACUAUUCUCUGCAUUGACCUGGGCACAGAUAUGGUCCCCGCAAUCUCAUUGGCUUAUGAAGCAGCAGAGAGCGACAUCAUGAAACGCCAACCACGCAACCCAAAAACAGACAAACUGGUGAACGAGAAACUGAUCAGCAUGGCAUAUGGCCAGAUUGGGAUGAUCCAAGCCCUGGGGGGAUUCUUCACCUACUUUGUCAUUCUGGCUGAGAACGGUUUCCUCCCCUCGAGGCUCCUCAACAUUCGCCUGGACUGGGAUGAUCGCUCAAAGAAUGACCUGGAGGACAGCUACGGGCAGGAGUGGACCUACAAACAACGCAAGAUUGUUGAGUUCACAUGCCACACAGCCUUCUUUGCAAGUAUUGUGGUGGUCCAGUGGGCUGACCUCCUGAUUUGCAAGACUCGGCGUAACUCCAUCUUCCAGCAAGGGAUGAAGAACAAGAUCCUGAUUUUUGGACUCUUUGAAGAGACUGCCUUAGCAGCUUUCCUCUCCUACUGCCCAGGAAUGGACGUGGCACUGCGCAUGUACCCACUGAAACUUCCCUGGUGGUUCUGUGCCUUUCCCUACAGCCUCCUGAUCUUCAUCUAUGACGAGGUUCGGAAAUUCAUCCUUCGCCGACGUCCUGGAGGUUGGGUUGAACAGGAGACCUAUUAUUGAGGCACUGAGCAUUCCCUCGGACAACUCUCCUCCUUCCAUCAGCUCUUGCAGCAAGAGGAUACCAGACACAAGCUUAGGGUGGUAUCCCCAUCUCGCCAUCUUCACUCCUAUUUCCUUCUCCCACCUUUCCCAGCGAGCUAAUCAAAUGCAUUGAUAAGUGACCUUUGCUGUACUGAUUUAAAUUAAAAUGAUUUCCUCAG